GUAACAACAACGGAAGUUCAACAUACUGUAUCGUCACGUGGUUCAUGGAGACUUCAGAUGUGAAAUUCUAAAGAAAGUGUAAAUGUAGGGAGAGAACUGCGAUUUCUGGUAAUUACGAGUCAGUAUAUGUGAUUUCAAAUAUUUAUAUAGCACACCAACAUGUGUAUAUGGUUACGUCAAUAGGUAACUAGAUAACAACCACCUGCCUCGGUGACAUAUUUUACAUGGCCUCGGUUAUAGAGCAGGAUGCUCUAUAUUGCUUUGCAUUAUUUUAUUUUUUAAUGAUUGUCCUAAACUUGUAUGAUAGUCAAGAGCAAUCAAAUCUUGAUUUUUAUUCAUAUAUUUAGAGGGACGUUUCUACCAUUUCCGUAUCUCUGCUGGGCCAAAUUGACGCGCCAUAUUCAACCAAAACUUAAACAGAAUGGGUAAAUAUGUCUUGGGUAUAGACGUAGGAACUACAUCGAUUAAAGUGGUGCUACUAGAACAGGGGUCCAAAGCAAUUGCCGCAUGUUACUCUUUGCCGACUGCGUCAGACUUCGUCGACAGUAGUGGAUUACAGACCCACGAGCAGGAGACUGGCAUAAUAAUAUCAACUCUUAACAAAUGCAUCGCCCUUUUGCCCAGAGAAAAACUUCUCAAUGUCAGCAAAAUAGGGGUUUCAGGACAAAUGCAUGGCGUUUUAUUCUGGAAAUCAAAGACUGGCUGUGAUUGGCAGAACAGAGACUUCUUCGUGGUCAAGGACACCAGUCAGCUGGUCACCUGGCAGGAUGGCCGCUGCAGCGCUCACCUUCUGUCCUCGCUCCCGACCCCCAACGCCCAUCUGGCCGUGGCCACGGGGUUCGGCUGCGCCACCAUCUUCUGGUUCUUGAGAAACAGGCCGGAGUUCCUCUCUGACUUCAGCGUGGCCGGGACCAUCCAGGACUACGUGGUGUCCAUGCUGUGUGGCCUGGACCGGUGUGUGAUGACCCCUCACAACGCGGCCAGCUGGGGAUUCUUCAACACCACCACCAGCCAGUGGAACACGGAAAUUCUAUCCGAGGCGGGCUUCCCUGUGGUCCUGCUCCCUGAGUGUGUGGUGGCGGGGGGCACGGCAGGGCGCACGGUAUCUGACUGGCAUGGCAUCCCUGCCCACACACCAGUAGGGGCUGCCCUGGGGGACUUCCAGUGCUCUGUGUACCGCUGCAUGGCGUCCCCCACAGACGCAGUGCUGAACAUCGGCACCUCGGCCCAGCUGACCUACGCCAUGCCGGGGGGGUUCAGGCCUCCAGAUGCCCCUGAGUCUGGCUCCCCCAUCUCGUAUUUCCCGUACUUCGACGAGUCCUACCUGGCAGUGGCAGCGUCGCUGAAUGGGGGCAACGCCCUGGCAACGUUCGUGGGGAUGCUCAGCUCAUGGAUGAAGGACCUUGGCGUGGAGGGCGGCGGCGGCGGCGGCGGCGGCGGCGGCGGCGGCAGCGGCGGCGGCGGCGGCGGGGACGACUCCUCUCUGUACGCCACGCUGAACCGCGUCGCCCUGGGCCAGCCACCCAGCGACCUGGCGGUGAGCCCCACCCUGCUGGGCGAGCGGCACCGCCCGCAGCUCCGCGGCUCCGUGGCCAACGCCGCCGCCGGCAACCUCUCCCUGGGUCACGUGACCCGGGCGCUGUGCCGCGGCAUCGUGGACAACCUUACCUCCAUGAUGCCGGCGGCGCUCCUGGGCGAGGCGGGGGUGCGGCGGGUGCUGGGCUGCGGCAGCGCCCUCUCCCGCAACCCGGCGCUGUGGGAGGAGGCGGAGAGGGCCCUCCUCCCCCUGCCCCUGGAGCGCAGCCAGACCGCCGACUCGGCCGUGGGCGUGGCCAUGGUCGUCUGCGAUCGGCUCUGAGUGAGGAUCAGCAGCCGCCUGUUUUUGACCAAGAUGGAUGCCGGAUCUGUGUUUACAUUGUGGCUGAAAGAAUGCUGUUGGGCUUGUUUGUUGGGAUUUGAUGCAAUCGCUGAUUUCCCGCCUUCGAUUCAAUGUUGUUUCCACGUCCUUCUCUACUUCUUAACCGUUUUCUAGUUUUCUACCAGUCCCUGUUCCUGACUUAUCCUUGAGUCUGCUCCUUAUUCAGUGUAGUUUGGGCGUUCUGAGUAUGCCUUAUUCCACUGCAGCAUUGCUUUUCUUUGAUACUCCUGCAAAGCAAAUCUUUCAUUAAGCCGAGAAUGUGAUGGUAUGUCCAUGUCAGAAGGCAGAAGAUUCAAACUCAUUCCCUAAAACUUGCUUUCUAUUCAGUUCACUGCUGUACUCUCUCUGUGUAAUUUAGGUGUGGUGUGAAAUCUGCAAAAGUCUCAUGCAAUCCUUGUUACCCUUUUUUUUCCCUUCCUUUUCUUUUACUUUUAUCCGGCUUUUGCUACCCUUUCCAACCUAAACGUAUACACUGCAUCUCUCCAUCAGGCUUGCUAAGAAGUAUUCUUGUUUCCAUCCAUGUAGAAUUGUAACAGUUAAAGAUGUGAUUAUACAUAUGUGAAAAUGUGAUAAACAUAAAAGUGCAAUAAUUCAGUUGAAUCUUUACAUUAUGAUUCUUCUCAUCAUGUUGGAUGUUAACCUAAAAUUAUACAAUGAGAGUGUUGGAAAAUAAAUAUAUGUAUGGUUGAAUAUGAAA